AUGUCGUCCGAACCCGAGAGAUCAAAUCGCACCGCCGCAUAUUUUGAUUAUCAAAUGGGCCGCAGGCCGUCUCAAGCGCCAGCCCACUUGUCUCGCGUUUUAUAUAUUCCCCGUCAUUACGACAACACUGUUCAUCUGCCUAUCUACGAGGUUGGGCACCGUUAUCGCGAUGCCGUUCAGGGUUGUCUGCUUGGAUCGACUGUCUACACGACCACGCUCGGCUCCAUGGAGACGCCUCAUGGAGAUCGCAUGGAAGACCAAGCAGUAUACCUCGCUGAUAUACGAAGAUCAGAAGAAGAAGACGUAGAGAUACACCUAUGCAAACGAGAACUGGCGUCGCGCGGUGAACAUGUCGACCUCAACAUGACAUCAAACUCUUUCGAUGACACAUCCGCCGUCACCAUCAAGUCGGGAGAGGGGCCCAUGAAAAUGUCCACCUCUUUUCCUAUCGCAAACUCGACCAGAGGCAGGAAGUCUAUCAAGCAUCCUUACUUCGCUCUGACUGGAUUGAACACAACCACGGAGAAGCCUGGGGAGCAUGUACCAUAUGUAAGGUUGGAAUGGCAGAUAGAUCCAAAAGAUGGGAUACUGCGAUACACACUGUAUCGAAUCGACGAAACUGUAGGGAAAACGAUUUGCGCCAUCUACCACCACAAGCAUUGGGAACUGUCUCUAUCACUCACGUAUAGCGAAGGAGUGCUGCUGUUACCAGAUACAGAGCACAGCUUAAGGCUCGAAGGCAUAGUUGUAGCUAGCCUUCUGGGAGUUCUUGUACAAUUGAGAAAGCUCGAUGAAGUUACGAGCAACAGGCGAGGACGGGGAUGGGGAUGUCUAAGGAAGAUGAUACACUGGUAA